GAAUAUUGUAAUUUUUGUUGUAGUAUCACAAAAAGGAAAAUGGAACCUGAAUUAGAGGAAUUUUUAAAGCAAAUGAUCAACGAAAUUACGAUAGAGAAAAUGAAAGAGCAGAAGGUGACUCUUUCCGUCCUUCAAAAAAUGAGCGAAAAAGACAUCACAGAGUUUUUACCCAAAGUAGGAGAUCGCGUCAAUUUAAGGAUAUUUUUGGAACAAAUGAAGAACAAAAAGAAAAAACCAAAAUCAUCCAUUCUUCAAACGCUGCGUCAAAAAAUGGGUGUACGAGGAAAAGAAUCUCUGAGUAGCAGUUCCAGUGAUGAAGGCCCAUCUACUUCAAAGGCAAAGAAACAGAAGACUCAUAUGGCUAGAGUUGGGAAUAAGAGUGCAAAUAAAAAUAUGCGAAAAGUGGAAGUUGGCUGGAUUCAUGGGGGAAAGCAAGUGAGAACUCCCAGAGGUGGUGGGACAAGAAAGCUGGACCUCCCAAAAUUCUAUAAGAAAGACGAAAUUUUGGAAGAAGUCAAGCCUCUGUUCUUUCCCCAGGGAAAAUCAUCUGUGGGGAAAAAGGAAGAUUUUCAUUUUUCAGUAGUUGAUUUUUCUCAAGAAGAUAUUGCAGAUAAAUCUAUUAAUGAUUUAUAUAUAGCAUCUAAAAUGUCAACUCUUCGUCUCUAUCUUAUAACAUCAAAGAAACAUCAUGAUGGCGAAUCCACAAUAAAUGACAGAUAUUCAUCUGGCGAGGAUCUUCCAGAUCCAAUGCUUUCUCUUGUCCAUAUUGAAAAAGAAAGGGCACCCGGAACAGCUAGUUCCCCAGAUGAUGCAAGUCAUUUAAACAUUCCAGAUCACAUCUCUGAAGGGGAUUUUCCACCUGCUACAUUAAAGUCUGCACAGUCACCCGUAAACGUGCUUCCUGGAGAGAUUGUCACUUUUGAGAAUGUUCCUGCUGGGAAGAAGGGGGAGGAUUCCGGGGGUGUUUUUCGGGAUGCCAUGUCGGAAUUUUGGGAUACUUUUUAUUUAAAACACACUGAAGGAAGUGAUGUUAAAAUUCCUACUACAGUGCACAUCAUGAAGCAGGAGGAAUGGGAAGCCGUAGCCAAAGUUCUAGUGUUGUCCUUCAAGCAAGAAAAGUAUUUUCCAAUACAGCUUUCACAAAUCUUUCUGAAAAAAUGUAUUUUUGAUAUUACCCCAACAAAUGAGGAGCUACUCGAGUCAUUCAUGGCAUUUUUGCCUGAUAUGGACAGAGGACUUAUUAAAGAUGCUCUUGAUGAUUUUAAUGGUGUGGAGGAAAAUGAACUUCUCGAUGCUUUAUCGAAUUUUAAUCUGAGAGUCUAUCCUACUAAGGAAAAUUUUAGAAAGCUUUUGAUUGAGUUGGCUCAUCAUGAACUAAUUCAAAAACCGUCUUUUGUCACACUUUGUUGGUUUCCUAUAUUUAGUAGUCAUUUGAAGCCUCUGAUAGGUAGACUGGAAGAAAUAUAUGAGCAAAGCAAAGUUACCAACAAAAAAGUCCUGAAUUUGUUUGUUUUUCCAGAAGAUCUGACAAAAGCCGAGAAAGCAACGGCCGAUUCUCUUAAGCGGUACAUCAAGACGUGUUCAACUGAGAAACUGACCUUGCUUUUACGAUUCUGCACUGGAUCGGACAUUAUAAUUGGAAAGAAAAUUACUGUUCGAUUUACACCCCCUAUGCCUGAAUUUACACUUUGUCCAGUGGCCCACACAUGUGGCUGUGUGUUGGAGCUGUCCAGAAGUUACGACAACUUUCUGUUAUGA